UGUAUUGUUGUAGAAAAUCAUUGAAUUAAAUGUUUGUUUACAUUAUUUCUUAGCAUUUGUGGUCACAAUAGAUGUAAUGUCGGAUCACGAGAUCGUAACCGAUAAAUAUGUGGUCAAACUCGUCGAAACCGAUAUAGAUGUUAACCAAGUGUUGGCCACUGUGUCCGACCCGACGUGUGGAGCCAUUUCACUAUUUUUAGGACAAACACGACGUACCGAAUCGGACGACCAAACGGACCGACGAGUAGAAAGUCUUGUCUACGAAGCGUAUCAUUCAAUGGCACUCAAAGAAAUGCAAGCAAUAGUUGAACGACAUAUCGGCAAACAUGAGGUCAAUGCCGUACACAAGUGUGUUGUUGUCCACCGAUUGGGUCAGGUUUUGGUUGGCCAGACAUCCAUAGCAAUCGCCUGUUCGUCACCGCAUCGCACACACGGACACCAACUGGUUAUGGAUGUACUCAAUGAUAUCAAACGGUCGGUUCCCAUCUGGAAGCGCAUCGAUUAUUACGAGGACAGCGAUCACAACAGUCAUCGACAACAACAACAAACUACUACUUCUUAUGGCGAAUGGAGUCAUAAAAGUGAAGCCUUUUGGCUAAAUAAGUGACAAAAACUGUUAAAAAAAGACAUUACAAACAAAAUUGUAAA